GUGGUCACCAUGGCAAAGAGGGAGGACAGCCCUGGCCCAGAAGUGCAGCCAAUGGACAAGCAGUUCCUUGUGUGCAGCAUCUGCCUGGAUCGGUACCGGUGCCCCAAAGUUCUGCCUUGCCUGCAUACCUUCUGUGAGAGACCCUGUGAAGUCUUCACUGUCUCCAUUCUACAAAGGAAGAGUCCUUGGCUCAUAAAAGUUAAGUAACUUGUCAGGGGUCACACUAUAUAAUCAGUCAUUGACCUAAGAGUUAAACCCAGGCAGCCUAGCUCCAGGACUCAUGCCCUUAAUCAUUACACUAUUAAAUGCUUUAAAUUCUGUAUUUCUGUGAUUUUGUUUUUCUCUGAAGCCUAGAACUAUUUUAAGGGCAAGCACUGUGCUUUAGCUUUUUAUCCCCAGAGCUUGGCUCAAAUUAGGCAAGAGUGGGAAGCCAGUAAAUGUUUAAUGAGUUAAAGGAGGGUGGGGAGGCUAGUUGUACAUUUUCUUGAGGUUUUAUAAACACCUGUGAAAGGUAAAACUGUGUUUGUGCAUACUGUGGGGAAUGCAGCUAUGUCUGCUAUUCUGAGAGCACCCAGGGAUAUAUUUCAAUUCAGUCAUGAGAGGCCUUUUAUACCUGCUGGCAGAUGAAGUAUAUGUGUGUCAAUCACAGAGGUUUCAAAAUGAAGUGUAAUUAUGGCACACCUGUAAGGAGGGGGGUUCACACCUGUGGGGGGAGGAAGUAGAGGCUGCCCCACCCCCUUCCUUUAACUGCCCCUUCUUCCUGGCCAGAUGUCUCCAGAACUACAUCCCUGCCCAGAGCCUGACGCUGUCCUGCCCGGUGUGUCGGCAGACGUCCAUCCUCCCCGAGCAGGGUGUCUCAGCACUGCAGAACAACUUCUUCAUCAGCAGCCUCAUGGAGGCCAUGCAGCAAGCACCCGAUGGGGCCCACGACCCCGAGGACCCCCACCCCCUCAGCGCUGUGGCUGGCCGCCCUCUCUCCUGCCCCAACCAUGAAGGCAAGACGAUGGAAUUUUACUGUGAGGCCUGUGAGACAGCCAUGUGCGGAGAGUGCCGUGCAGGAGAGCAUCGGGAGCAUGGCACAGUGCUGCUGCGGGACGUGGUGGAGCAGCACAAGGCAGCCCUGCAGCGCCAGCUUGAGGCUGUGCGUGGCCGCUUGCCCCAGUUGUCUACAGCUAUUGCCUUAGUCGGGGGCAUCAGCCAACAGUUGCAAGAGCGCAAGGCAGAAGCCCUGGCCCAGAUCAGUGCAGCCUUCGAGGACCUGGAGCAAGCGCUACAGCAGCGCAAGCAGGCUCUGGUCAGCGACUUGGAGACUAUUUGUGGGGCCAAGCAGAAGGUGUUGCAAACCCAGUUAGACACACUGCGCCAGGGUCAGGAGCACAUCGGCAGUAGCUGCAGCUUCGCGGAGCAGGCACUGCGUCUGGGCUCUGCCCCGGAGGUGUUACUGGUGCGCAAGCACAUGCGAGAGAGGCUGGCAGCUCUGGCAGCUCAGGCCUUCCCGGAACGGCCACAUGAGAAUGCACAGCUAGAACUGGUCCUUGAGGUUGAUGGGCUGCGAAGAUCGGUGCUUAAUCUGGGCGCAUUGCUCACCACCAGUGCCACUGCACACGAGACAGUGGCCACAGGCGAGGGCCUGCGCCAGGCACUAGUGGGCCAACCCGCCUCGCUCACUGUCACUACCAAAGACAAAGAUGGGCGGCUGGUGCGCACAGGCAGCGCUGAGCUGCGAGCAGAGAUCACAGGCCCGGAUGGCACGCGCCUUCCUGUGCCAGUGGUGGACCACAAGAACGGCACUUAUGAGCUAGUGUACACUGCACGCACCGAAGGCGAGCUGCUCCUCUCAGUGCUGCUCUACGGGCAGCCAGUGCGUGGCAGCCCCUUCCGUGUGCGUGCCCUGCGUCCUGGGGACCUGCCACCUUCCCCUGAUGAUGUGAAGCGCCGUGUCAAGUCCCCUGGUGGACCAGGCAGCCAUGUGCGCCAGAAGGCGGUGCGUAGGCCCAGCUCUAUGUACAGCACAGGUGGCAAACGGAAGGAGAACCCAAUUGAGGACGAGCUCGUCUUCCGUGUUGGCAGUCGUGGAAGAGAGAAGGGUGAAUUCACUAAUUUACAAGGCGUGUCUGCAGCUAGCAGUGGUCGCAUUGUGGUAGCAGACAGCAACAAUCAGUGUAUCCAGGUUUUCUCCAAUGAGGGCCAGUUCAAGUUCCGUUUUGGGGUCCGAGGGCGCUCACCUGGGCAGCUGCAGCGCCCCACAGGUGUGGCAGUGGACACCAAUGGAGACAUUAUCGUGGCAGACUAUGACAACCGUUGGGUCAGCAUCUUCUCCCCUGAGGGCAAAUUCAAGACCAAGAUUGGAGCCGGCCGCCUCAUGGGGCCCAAAGGAGUGGCUGUAGACCGGAAUGGACAUAUCAUUGUGGUUGACAACAAAUCUUGCUGUGUCUUCACCUUCCAACCGAAUGGCAAGCUGGUUGGACGUUUUGGGGGCCGUGGGGCUACUGACCGCCACUUUGCAGGGCCCCAUUUUGUGGCUGUGAACAACAAGAACGAGAUUGUAGUAACGGAUUUCCAUAACCAUUCGGUGAAGGUAUACAGUGCCGAUGGAGAGUUCCUCUUCAAGUUUGGCUCCCAUGGUGAGGGCAACGGGCAGUUCAAUGCUCCCACAGGAGUAGCUGUGGAUUCCAAUGGGAACAUCAUUGUGGCAGACUGGGGCAACAGCCGUAUCCAGGUGUUCGACAGCUCUGGCUCCUUCCUGUCCUAUAUCAACACUUCUGCAGAGCCACUGUAUGGCCCACAGGGCUUGGCACUGACCUCGGAUGGCCACGUGGUGGUGGCUGAUGCUGGCAACCACUGCUUUAAGGCUUAUCGCUACCUCCAGUAGCUGAACAGGGGCCCUGCCUGGCUCAUGGAGGGACGGACAAAGGGGUGAUUGGACAAGAGGGUCUGGCUGGGAGGUGGGCCAGAUCUGGCAGCACUGAAUGUGGGCUGUGGGCGUGGGUGCGCCCAUACCUUCCCUUUCCUCCCCAAACCCCAUGGUUGCACUUUAUUUAUUCGGUUCUUGCUUUGGUGACUGGGUGGGCCUGGACUGUGGUCCUAAGGAUGUGUGCAGAGCUUCACCUUAUCCCCUUUACACACCUCCCCUGACCCCUCAGUCUGCUCUCUGCCCCACUGCCUGGGGCCAGAACAGCCUCUUACUCCAGGACAGAAGUCCCUCUGGUUGUCUCCCUACCACCCUUUACACACUGACAGAGACAGCAAUACCCCACCCCCCAUAUUAAAUAAAUGUCUUCACCAAGA